AUCUCGCGGGACGAGUGGCGCUCGGCCUCUUUGGCUCCGGGGCGGCACCAUGGCGGUUGGCAAGAACAAGCGGCUCACCAAGGGCGGCAAGAAAGGCGCCAAGAAGAAAGUGGUCGAUCCCUUCUCAAAGAAGGAUUGGUACGAUGUCAAGGCACCAGCAAUGUUUAAUAUCAGAAACAUUGGGAAGACACUCGUCACCAGGACCCAAGGAACCAAAAUUGCCUCUGAUGGACUUAAGGGGCGUGUAUUUGAAGUGAGUCUUGCUGAUCUGCAGAAUGAUGAAGUUGCCUUCCGUAAAUUCAAGCUGAUUACUGAAGAUGUCCAGGGCAAAAACUGUCUGACCAACUUCCAUGGAAUGGACUUAACACGUGACAAAAUGUGCUCCAUGGUCAAGAAGUGGCAGACAAUGAUUGAAGCCCAUGUUGACGUCAAAACUACCGAUGGCUAUCUACUGCGCCUUUUCUGUGUUGGUUUUACCAAGAAGCGUAACAACCAGAUCCGUAAAACCUCAUAUGCCCAGCACCAGCAGGUCCGCCAAAUCCGCAAGAAGAUGAUGGAAAUUAUGACUCGAGAGGUGCAAACUAAUGACCUGAAAGAAGUUGUCAACAAGCUGAUCCCAGACAGCAUUGGCAAAGAUAUAGAAAAGGCUUGUCAGUCCAUUUACCCUCUUCAUGAUGUGUAUGUCCGCAAAGUCAAGAUGCUGAAGAAGCCCAAGUUUGAGUUGGGCAAGCUGAUGGAACUGCAUGGUGAAGGUGGCGGUGCUGGAAAGCCUUCUGGGGAUGAGGCAGGCACCAAAGUAGAGCGAGCCGACGGAUAUGAGCCCCCCGUGCAAGAGUCUGUCUAAAAAUCAAAGUUGGAUACAAAAAUAAAAAUUAAUGUACAGAA